GUGGGAAGGGCCGCGGGCUCCUCCGUAACCCCCUGAGUCUCCUCCGCGCUGUGCGCAGCCGUACCCCUCCCCGCGGGCGGGCGGGCCGGCGCCGUCCCGGCACUGCAGUCGCCAUAGAGACCGCGCCGCACGCCAUGGGGCGGAGGCUGGGCCGGGGGCCGCCGCUCUAGCCUACCCCCCUCCUCAUAACCCUCCCUUUUCGCGCUCCGCGCUCCGCAGGGAUUCGCCGCUCUAGCCGCGAACAGCCGCCUCGAGGAGCCGCCGCCUCCGCCUCGGCCCCGUUCCAGGCAUUGCUUAAAUGGAAGCCACUGCUGGGAUCUGGAUGGUUCCUGCUGACCCAGCCUUUGCAUAGCAGCUCCACUGGGUAAGGAGGUUGCAAUGAGUGGAGGAGGGGAGCAGCCUGACAUCCUCAGUGUAGGAAUCUUGGUCAAAGAAAGAUGGAAAGUGCUGAGGAAAAUAGGAGGUGGGGGAUUUGGAGAAAUUUACGAUGCACUGGACUUGCUUACUCGGGAGAAUGUUGCACUGAAGGUGGAAUCAGCUCAGCAGCCAAAACAAGUGCUGAAAAUGGAAGUAGCUGUGCUGAAGAAACUACAAGGAAAAGAUCAUGUCUGUAGAUUCAUUGGAUGUGGAAGGAAUGACAGAUUUAACUAUGUGGUCAUGCAGUUGCAGGGUCGGAACCUGGCAGACCUCCGCCGGAGCCAGUCUCGAGGAACGUUCACCAUCAGCACCACUCUGCGCCUUGGGAAGCAGAUUUUGGAAUCUAUUGAAAGUAUUCAUUCUGUGGGAUUCCUGCACAGGGACAUAAAACCAUCUAACUUCGCAAUGGGACGCUUUCCAAGCACCUGUAGGAAGUGUUACAUGCUGGAUUUUGGCUUGGCAAGGCAAUUUACCAACUCGUGUGGGGAUGUCAGACCACCACGAGCUGUCGCUGGCUUUCGAGGGACGGUACGAUACGCAUCAAUCAAUGCUCACAGAAACAGAGAAAUGGGUCGGCAUGAUGACCUCUGGUCCCUGUUCUACAUGUUGGUAGAAUUUGUGGUUGGGCAGCUGCCUUGGAGAAAAAUAAAAGAUAAGGAGCAAGUGGGGUCCAUUAAAGAAAGGUAUGAGCACAGACUUAUGUUGAAACAUCUCCCUCAAGAAUUCAACAUCUUUCUGGAUCACAUUUCUAACUUAGAUUACUUUACAAAGCCUGAUUACCAGCUUCUCAUGUCUGUGUUUGAAAACAGCAUGAAAACGUUUGGGGUUAUUGAAAGUGACCCUUUUGACUGGGAGAAGAGUGGAACAGAUGGCUCUCUGACAACAACAACAACUUCAACUACACCUCAGUUGCACACUCGUCUUACUCCAGCUGCAAUUGGAAUUGCCAAUGCCACUCCUAUCCCAGGAGAUCUGCUGCGAGAAAACACAGAUGAAGUGUUUCCUGAUGAACAGCUCAGUGAUGGAGAGAAUGGUAUUCCAGUUGGUGUCUCACCAGAGAAAUUACCUGGCUCCCCUGGCCAUCAGCGUCCUCAGGAAAGAGAUGUUUGGGAAGAAAUGGAUGCAAACAGGAACAAAAUAAAACUUGGGAUCUGUAAGGCUGCCACAGAGGAAGAGAACAGCCAUGGGCCAGUGAAUGGAAUGCUCAAUGCACCAAGUCUCGGAUCUCCAAUCCGUGUUCGCUCGGAGACCACCCAGCCAGACAGAGAUGCCCCACUGGUGCGAAAGUUACGUUCAAUUCACAGCUUUGAGUUGGAGAAACAUCUCACGUUGGAGCCAAAGCCAGACACUGAUAAAUUUCUUGAGACCUGUUUGGAGAAGAUGCAAAAGGACUUGAAGGCUGCAGCAGAGACUCCUGUUGCUGCUGUUUCUCCUCUUUCUCAGAAGAAAACUAUUCCAGCUCCUGCCCGCAUGGACCACGUUUGGCACUAUGAUGAAGAGUAUCUGCCAGAUGCCUCGAAGCCGGUGUCAGCCAGUUCUCCAGAACACGUUGAUGGGGUUAUUAGCAAUGGAUUUGUAGCUGUCAACUUAAACUCCUGCAGGCAGGAGGUUGAUUCUAAGGAAUGGGUGAUAAUAGAUAAGGAACGGGACUUGCAGGACUUCAGGACAAAUGAGGCUUUAGGGCACAAAACUACUGGAAGUCCCUCAGAUGAAGAGCCGGAGGUACUACAAGUUCUGGAGGGUUCCCCUCCAGAAGAGCAGUCCAGACAGGGUGGCUGGGCAGGAAACAGUGUCAAUGCAAAGAACCAAACCUCAGGGGUGGAGUUUGUUCUAGCAACAGAGUGUCAUCCUGCUGUUUCUGAACAACUUACAGAUAAAUUGGACCUUCUGUCCGGAGCUGCUGGGCAGCUUCUUGCAGCCACUCCUACAAGUCCUAUGGAAGCUCAAGCAGAAGGAGCACUCACUCCGCUCAACUCAUCUCAUAUGCUGCAUUUCUCCACUCCAAGAAUUUCAAGUCCCAUCCUCCGCACCAUGAGCCCUAUCUAUUUAUCCAUCCACUCGGACCCUCUGAAAGAGGUUGGUUUCCCAAGGAGUCAGUCAGCUGAGAGCCACUCCUCCUCCUCCUGCUCAACGGGGCGUAGGCAGCUUCCUGUCAUUCCCUAUGGCAACAAGUUCCCCCCUGUCAUUCGCAUCUCAAAAGCACAACUGCAGCAGAUAACUAUACCUAGACCUUCAGUGGCAUCCACACAGUCUGCUUCAGAGAGCUUUCAUUAUGGCCACCAGCUAGAGAAAAGAGAGCAGGAUGCUCAAUCCAUAGAACACACGGUGGAACUUUCCUUUCCAAAGGAAAGUUUGCCAGGUUUGGCUGUGACAGAGGAUGUGCUUGAAGCUAGUGCCAGCAGACCAGAUUUGGGACUUAAUAUCAGCCAAGAGGUGCUUGACAGGGAAGGGGUUGUUGAAGAAUGUGUCAACGUCCUGGAUUGUGGCCAAAAGGACCUCCCUGAAGAACACAGUGGGAUACAGGAAGAGAAAGAAGCUGAGAAUAUUCCUGUAGAGGAGGCUGAGGAGAAAAGGCUUGGAGUGGUUUCUGAGGAUGCCAUUGAAAUGCUAAGCAAGGAGCAGAAUUCUUCUUUGCCAGGAAACUCAAAAUCUGCAGAGGAAGAACCUCUAACGAAUACGGAAGGUGCUGAAGAAUCAAAGCCAAGGCCCGUCUGUUUGGUGCCAAAUCAAGAUGAGGUUCUGAAGUUGAUAGCACCUAAAUCAUCAGAAUUUUCUCCCUCAAGACUUACCAAGCCCCAUGUUAAUAGACAGGCAAGCAAAAUAUCACCAGUUCAGGAAAAUGGUUUUUAUUCUAAUAAGGAAGAAGUCCAUAUCGAAGACUUGAAAUGCCACCAAGUGGCCCUUACUACUUUUUUGCACCAGGAGGACAAAAAAGAGAAAAGUGCUCCCAAAAAUGGAGAGUUAUUCCACUGCAUUUCAGAAAAUGAGACUUCUCAGCGAUCUAAAAAGGAUCUGGUUAAAUCUCCUUUUGUAUUCAGGCAGAGCCGAAUUCCGGUUUUAGCACAAGAGAUAGACUCAGAAUCCUCAUCUCCUGUUUCAGCAAAGGAAAAGCUUCUUCUCAAAAAGGCCCAUCAGACAGAUUUGGUCAGACUACUUAUGGAAAAGAGACAGCUCAAAUCUUUCCUUGGUGACCUCUCAAGUGCCUCUGAUAAGUCACUGGAGGAAAAAAUGGCUGCUGCUCCAGUACAGUUUUCUGAGGACGAUGUCUUAUCCUCAUUUUCUAGAUUGACACUAGACUCUCAUUUCAGCAAGCAGACAGAGGAUAGCUCUUUAUCUCCUAGCAGCCCACAGUCCAGAAAAAGCAAGAUUCCAAGGCCAGUGUCCUGGGCUACCACUGAUCAAGUCAACAGUUCAAGUUCAGCUCAGUUCUUUCCUCGGCCACCACCAGGAAAGCCUCCUACUAGACCUGGGCUAGAAGCUAGGUUGCGCAGAUACAGAGUCCUAGGGAGUAGCAGCUCGGACUCAGAUCUCAUCUCUCGUCUCGCUCAGAUCUUACAGAAUGGAUCUCAAAGACCAAGGAGUUCUACCCAGUGUAAGAGUCCAGGAUCUCCACAUAGUCCCAAAACACCACCCAAAAGCCCUGUCAUCCCCCGACGCAGUCCCAGUGCCUCCCCUAGGAGCUCCUCUGUACCCCGUUCUGCCAGUUCUUCUCCAUCCCGGGCUGGGAGACCCCAUCAUGAUCAGAGAAGUUCAUCAUCCCCACAUCUUGGGAGGAGUAAAUCACCUCCUAGCCAUUCAGGCUCCUCAUCUUCUAGGAGGUCCUGCCAACAAGAGCACUGCUGCAACAAACCAAGCAAGAAUGGUCUGAAAGGAUCUGGCAGUUCCUUCCACCAUUCCCCAAACACUAAGACUUCCACAGGAAAGAGCAAAUCAACCACUAAGCUUAGCAGAUAGGAACUGGGCCUUGACAGGUAUAAAGCCUUCUCCUAAAUCUGAUGCAUGUCGUGUCUGUGUACUGUGUAUUUAAAAAAAAAAAAAUAAUCAAAAAAAUUAGAUUUAAAAAAAAAAAUGGUGUUGAAUCUGCGCUUUUUGAAGAAAGUAAGCAUCAUAAACUACUCAUGAGAAAACAUGCUGUGUAAAUAAGUGGCCAGGCAUUGCCUAAGAACAGGCAGCAAGCAGAUCCAUGAGAGGGGCAAGUAGAGGCCAGGGUAAGAACAAUAGGUAGUCAAAGAGGUGCAAUGUAUUUAGAGUAAAAAAAAUAAUAUGAGUGUUUUAAAAGGGUAAUUAUUUUUAUCUUUUUAGUUUUCCUAGCUAGAACAUCUGGCCUAAUGAUUUAAGACCUUAUAUACAUGAGGAGGAAAACCUGAAACAGUUGUUCUCAGAAGACACCACCACUUGGGAGAUAAGUACUGCUCAAACAUGCCUUUGUGGUUUGGAAAAAGCACACAGUUUAGGAGAUGAUGGUAUUUCCACCUUCUAAGUCUCUUCCAGUUUGAGUUGCACACAUCUCUGAAUCAUUCAGUGCUUGUCUUGUCCCCUAUCUACAGCGGCACAGGUUUGUUUUUUUCCCUAAAGAAGUAUCAUAUACCUUGCCCCUUCUUGACACUGAUGACAUUUUAUAAAUUAAUAUAAACUUUUGCCAAGAUGAUUUUGUGUAGCUGUAUUCCUUAGAAAUCCUUCGUUUAGUACAAAUUAGGAUUCAAGAAGCCAAUUCUCAGUUUUAUAUUACAGACUUCUUUGGGAGUCAUAGAGGGGUUCUUCAAACUGC